AUGCGACCUAACUAUUGCAAGGACAUUUUGGAAUGCCUUUGUCACGGCAAAUGGAAAAAGAAGUCGUGGGUUACACUACAACACGAUGAAGAUCGUGUCAAAAAAGACAUGGCUCUGCGCGAGUUUCGAGGGGCACCAGUCAAGUUAUCCCGAGAUGAUGGGCGCUGCGGGCCAGAAAAUGUCAUCAAGACUUCACCAGUAUUCGGCCCGGCGAUACCUGCGGGGAGGCAAAUUGUACUUGUGAAUCAUGUACUGAUUUCCGCAGUCAUCUCCGCCGAGUUGUUCAACUGGGUCCCUCGGAAUGAGGCAUGUGUAUUAAAAAACUACACCAGCGAGGAGGCUUGCAGGGUAGUAUCGGAGCGGCUAGACAGCCUAGUUUUGAUCGGCGAUUCGCUUAUGCGGCAUUUUAGUAAUUCCCUGUUCACGCUCUUUACUGAUGACCCCGAAAGAGGGGCUGUGCAGAAUGCAUCUGAAAUGUGCCAUGGUGAACGGCAGUUUGUCGAUAGGGGGCCUUCAAGUUGCAACAGAAAAACUAUUAGAGAAAGAGCUGAUGUGGAACCACGGACAAAGUUUUGCCCCGGAGUUCCGUAUUUUCAGUACAUGCUCAAUUUAUCUUACUGCUACGAGUUUCGGGAAGGCCCCGUAGAGCUGGUAAAUAAAAGCAUUCUGGCUAAGAAACGGACUGCAUUUUUUAUCAGUGUUGGCAUUCAUGAUGGUUUUAACGCAAAGCUUUACCAAGAGGGCUAUAUUGAACCCAUGCUGAGUUUGAUUGGCGAUCGCGAUUGGCCCAAGUUCAUUUGGGUGACCACCCAUAGCCCGAGUUUCACCAAACCCGUAGCUUAUCGGUUUUGGCAAGGGAAAGAGAAAAUUAGAACUUACAAUGCCGCUAUGAAGAAAUAUUUCAAGGCUAAAGGUGUACCCGUGUUUGAUGUUUUCCCUAUGACUGAAGGGGUUUAUAGUUAUGACGGUACGCAUUACGGGGCCGGACUGAAUAUGAUGAAAUCACAACUACUCAUUAAUUAUAUUGAGCACGCUUUUAAACGCAAGACUAUACCUCGUAAGAAUAGCAAAAGCAACAAGUCAUAAAACUGAAGUGUUCUCCAGGCCCGUACCAAGGAUUUUU